GAGACCUUCAAAGCCAGAACGUUCGUUCGACGCGAGGCUAGUAAGGGAAUUCCAAUGGAUAGGUUCUUCCCAAAACCAGAAUGGACAUUAUCCAGUAUAUAAAAGCGAGGUAUCUUCCUACUAACCCUUCAGAUUUAUUUGAUCCCAUACCACAUCCUCACACACAAUGCGUUUCUCUUCUGUGACUGUCCUCUCCGUCGUUGCUGUUUUGGCGUCAUCAAUCUCUGCCACGCCCAUUGAUGCGGCCCCCAAUAAAUGUCCUUGGACUUGCCAGUCUGACUCAGACUGCUCGGACUGCUAUUACAGGUUUUGCGCGAGUAUCAGUAGUUUUCCUGAAUUUGAUACACGACUCACCUGCACGACAGGACUGGUUUCUCUGCAGAUAUUGGACGCGCAAAUUGCUAGUGAUCGGUCAACGUGCAUCAAGAAAGUAUCGGCCCAAUUACUACACAGCUGGCGUGAAUUUUUCGUUCAACUAGGAAAUGUUCGAGUCUCAGCGCUGCGAAAGGUACUGCACUUCACGUUCGCUGCUUCCGAUGUUUCUCGGGACCCUGCCAGGCUGUGGUCAGCCGACUGGUUUGGGAGAGGCGAUUCCCACUCACAAGAAGACUUUGACUGGCUUGUAGACUACAUCGGCUUCAUUUAUUCCUUCGACCACGAAGCAGCAUAUGACAUCCUUUUACUACUGGGUAGUAUGGGAGUGUGUUGCAGCCCCGCUAAGCGACAUCUGUUCAUCAAGAGGCUCAUCGCCUGCAUGGACAGUAACAUGCCUCUCCCUUUACGCCACGCCGCUCUUCGCGCUGCUCACAGUGCCCGAGAACAAAUCGCUUCGAUCGAUGACAUUGAUGAUCCGACGCUACGGGACAUAGUUUUGACCGAGCUCUCCCCCGCUAUUCUGACGCAGAUGAUGCUGUCAAAGGACAUGAACUCGCCUUCAUGGAGCGUGGUUGCCUGUUCAGAUGAAACUGCGACACGUAGGCCACUCAGCAGGGCGAUGACGUCCGAGAAAUGCAGCACAAUGGAGGUGUCUGGGAUGAUGAAAGACAAAUACCCGAUGCCUACGGACGCAAAUUCCGGGCCCUAUAAAUACCACACACUCAUCAGUUACGCCACAAACAAAGCGUAG